AUGUCUUUCGCUACCAUCGCCCCGUCCCCCAAAUCCUCUGCCUCCUCCCCAGGUAUGGCCAGUUCUGUCGAACCUGUUAAACCGGUCUCCAAGUCCAAGAAGCCCCGCAAGCCCACAGCAAAGCCCUCACCCAGCUCAUCAACACAAGGAAACACUGGUGUCAAGAAAUCAGAGAAGCUACAUCGAAGGUCUCGUUCUGGUUGCUUCACAUGCCGCCUGCGACGCAAGAAGUGUGAUGAAGGCCAUCCUGCCUGUCGAGCUUGUAAGAACCUCAAGCUACGAUGUGAAUAUGAGCGACCAAUGUGGUGGGGAAACAAUGAGCAGAGAAAGUCGCAAAAGGAGUACAUCAAGGACCUUAUCAAGAGUACCAAGAUGACCGAAAAGACUGUUUCGGGCCCUCGCCAAAGCUGCUGCACGUACAGUCCUCCUGGCCUUUCUCAUUCAGCCCCAACCCCUGAGGCAUACCCAGAUACCACUGUUCAAACUCGAGACCCUUCCUUGGAACCUCCCUACUGCAUUGAUGGAGAGCCUAGCCAUGUUCACAUCCAAGAUUUUUAUGACCAAUAUGCUCCUCAAGAUCCAGCAUCACACCUGGAUUCUAAUGGCUUCUGGUCCGCCCCUACCCCAUACGAAGUUGAUGUUAAAACUGAAAGUGAAUUAUACAUUAAUGAUAUCCCAACUCGACGGGAUUCAUCAACAUCAACUUUCAACACGUUUCAGCCUCCGCUUGCUCAUGCAAUGCUACCUUCCUUUGCUGAAGAUGACUGGGCACGACACGAUGUUUUUGAAUCCAAGGUUCUCCCAGACCACAAGUGCUUCGAGUUUUCCCACGGAUCUCUAGGUGUGCCUUCUAUCCAGGUUGAUGAUUGCGACCGCCACCUGCUAGAUCACUUCUUUGAGAAUAUUUCUAGCAAGCUAUUUCCUAUUCUAGAGACGAGGAAACGAGGAGGUGUCUUCGCAGAUGUCAUUCUUCCUGCAAUCGAGUCGAACAAAUGCUAUCUGCACUGCUGUCUAAGUAUCGCUGCCGUCCACCUGAAGUCAACACAGCAAGUCUGCAACGACCUAAUCGACAACGAUAUCCUCAAGCAUCGUUUCCAGGCAGUUUCUGAGCUUUGCUCGUCUCUGAACCAGGACACUGAUCACCUCCAGAUCCUUGAGGCAACCCUGAGCAUGGCUUUCUUCCAAUGUGCUGUUGGUCGCGCAAAUGAUUCUCUGCCUGAUGUCCCAUGGCACCAACAUUUCCAAGCAGCAACAAGUUUGAUACACAAGCUAGAACUUCCACAUCGCCUUCUAGAAUCCGAUCACGGAACGGUCCACCCACCAUUCAGCAUGAGUCUAGCUGCUUGGAUCGAUAUCUUGGGAUCGACGAUGCUUGGCCAAAUGCCACAGUUCGCACAUACAUACCGAACCAAGCUAUUUAGCGGAUCAAGUGCUGGGUUGUGUGAACUUAUGGGUUGCGAGGAUCGAGUAAUGUACUUCAUUGCAGAGAUCUCCUGCCUUGAUGCUCUCUGCAUUCAAGGGCGAACCGACCACGCCAGUCUAUGUGGCCAUGUUACCAACCUUGCCCAACAGCUCGACCACACCGAGCCACCACCAGGAUCGCUUGUGAAGCCAUUCUCUGAGGAGGGAGUCUUGUUGCCACAACAGCUUUCUAAAAACAUUACGGCUCUAUUCAGGGUUGCUGCUCGGGUUUAUCUUUGCAGUCUUGUACCCGGGUCAAGGCGUGACCAGCCAGGCACCGUUAGCCUAAUCGCGCACGCCGCUGACCUGCUUGACCUCAUCCCCGGGGGCCCAGAAGGCUUUGACAGUUCUAUUGUCUGGCCACUACUUGUUUGUGGUUCCCUUGCAACUCCUGGCAGCACAUUCCGCGACACUCUUAGCAAGCGGAUGGAGCAAAUGGGCGAGCAGGCUGAAUUAGGCAGCUUUGGCCGUAUGAUAUGCGUACUUCGAGAAGUCUGGCGCCUUGCAGACGAGAAAGCUGUCGUAGAAGCGCAGCAACCACCAGCCUCUUCCCAAGAAUCUAACGGGGAGCCUCCACUGAUACUAACCACAUAG